AUGGUUGGGCGGUUGAGGCCGGAGAAACAUACAUUCCAUCUACGCACUGGUAAGGCCACGAUUACACUUCAGGAUGUAGAGGCCUUGUUUGGAUUGCAGGUAUAUGGAAAGCCAUUAUAUAGUCAGUACGAGCCUAUUCCUGGGAGGACAUGGGUCUCAGAGUUGAUUAAGCUCACCCACUUCAUGCCUGGUGUCGCGAUCCAGAUCUCAGGAUUAAGUCGGGUGCAGAUUGGUGCAUUCUACACUUAUUUGCUCGCAGAUCCUCCUAUUGACGACGACACUCUUCAGGACGUUGUUGAUCAUCAUGCCCGUUUGUAUCUGCUCAGUAUGUUCAGGGCCAUCCUAUUCCCGAACACAUCGGCUGCUUAUGUCUGCUUAAGAUAUUUGAUCUUCUUGGAGCAUCUGAACUUCUUGGGAGACUAG